AUGAAUAUCAUCCCAGCCAGCAGUUUCCAGUCGAGUGUGUCGACUGCGCAGAACAAAGAAUUGACGUCGAACGCUGUCGAUACGUUGCCGGACACGUUCCGUAUGCAAGAAGGUGGUGCGGUGCCCUUAUCGACGCAGAUGAACGACAGACAUCCAUUGGAGUCUAAGUUGCGCAACUGGGAGCAGACAGAGCGCGGCAGGCAGAUGGAGCAGUACCGCCAAGUGUUUGGUAUUGCUGAGCCCAUGAAGAGAGUCAUGGAACUGAAUAUUGUCAAGAGUACCGAAUUCAACCCAUUGAAUACGAGCCACCAUACAUCCAUACACGAGGAUAUCCUUCUCAAUAAGGACAACAGUGUCGCCUGGGAAGAUAUCUACCGUAACAACGACGGUCUCCAGUCCGGUAUGAUGGUGGGAAACGAUGUUCACACCAAAAUUGAGAGGAGUCUGGGUAUCUGA